GUCGCGCAGGUGGCGUGCUAGUUUAAGCCGGUAGAUGAGGCACUGGGGGAAGCUGUAGUAGGAGUGUUCGAGGAUUCUCUUCGUAAUUUUGAAGUUGAAGUUUGCCACUAAAGAUGGCAGAUCCUGAUGUCCUCACUGAGGUUCCUGCAGCAUUGAAGAGGUUAGCCAAGUAUGUGAUCCGGGGGUUUUAUGGCAUUGAGCACGCCUUGGCCUUGGACAUCUUGAUUCGGAACCCCUGUGUGAAAGAGGAAGAUAUGCUGGAGCUGCUCAAGUUUGAUCGGAAGCAACUUCGAUCCGUUUUGAAUAAUUUAAAGGGAGAUAAAUUCAUCAAAUGCAGAAUGAGGGUAGAGACUGCUGCAGAUGGGAAAACCACUCGCCAUAACUAUUACUUUAUCAAUUAUCGUACUCUCGUUAAUGUGGUAAAAUAUAAGUUGGACCACAUGAGAAGGAGGAUUGAAACUGAUGAGAGAGAUUCUACCAACCGGGCUUCCUUCAAAUGUCCUUGCUGUAGUAGUACUUUCACAGACUUAGAAGCUAAUCAGCUUUUUGAUCCCAUGACAGGAACUUUCCGCUGUACUUUUUGUCAGACAGAGGUAGAAGAGGAUGAAUCAGCAAUGCCCAAAAAAGAUGCACGCACACUUUUGGCAAGGUUUAAUGAACAAAUUGAGCCUAUUUAUGCACUUCUUCGGGAAACAGAGGAUGUGAACUUGGCCUAUGAAAUACUUGAACCAGAACCCACAGAAAUCCCAGCUCUGAAACAGAGCAAGGACCGUGCAGCAACUGCUGCUGGAGCUGCUGGCCUGGCAGGUGGACACCACCGGGAAGCAUGGGCCACCAAAGGCCCCUCGUAUGAGGACUUGUACACUCAGAAUGUUGUCAUUAACAUGGAUGAUCAUGAAGAUCUGCAUCGACCCUCCCUGGAGGGGAAAUCUGCCAAAGAGAGACCCAUUUGGUUGAGAGAGAGCACUGUCCAAGGGGCAUAUAGCUCUGAAGAUAUGAAAGAAGGUGGCAUAGAUAUAAACGCAUUUCAGGAACAUGAGGAUGGUCGCACCGGGCCUGAUGAUAACGAAGAAGUCAUGCGAGCUCUGCUCAUUCAUGAGAAGAAGACCCCCACUACUACGGCUAGCUCAGUGGGGGCAGCUGCUCCUGUAAGCACUGCUAACGGAAGCGACUCGGAGAGUGAAACCAGUGAGUCAGAUGAUGACUCUCCACCCCGUCUGGCGGCGAUGGCUGUGCACCGUCGGGAAGAAGAUGAGGAGGAUGACGAGUUUGAAGAGGUGGCAGAUGAUCCUAUUGCCAUGGUGGCUGGCCGGCCUUUCUCCUACAGUGAAGUGAGCCAACGGCCAGAGCUGGUGGCCCAGAUGACACCAGAGGAGAAGGAAGCAUAUAUAGCAAUGGGGCAGCGCAUGUUUGAGGACCUCUUUGAGUGAGCUUUCCUUGCCUUUUCCUCCUGUCUGUAAUGCUCAUUUCAAAAAGAAAUGCUUCAUCUUGGAGAAAAGUGUUUUAAGUGGAUUUCUCCUCAUCUUGAUGUAAAGCAAUUGUUAAUUAAUCUUGUGCAAAAAAAUAAGGGGAAAGUUUGAAUUUUUUAUUCCAGAAAUUCCCCAACAAAGUCUGAUGACUAUAAGCAUUCCCUUCCCUGCUUAUUUCAUACAGUAUUAAUAUUUUACUGUAUUUACUAUUGUUUU